UCAGCAUGGAGGGAGCAGGGAUCAGCCUGCUGGAGUCUCCAGCGGGGGAGAUGACAGCUGAUCCCAGCGCAGCACACACUAACCUACAGCGGGCAGACCGCCGCUCCUCUGAUCGCUGCUAAAGAGCUGGUCCUGUGGUAGAAGAAGCAGGAGAGAAGAAGUGCUAAUAGAAGAGCUGUAUUAGUUAGCUAAUGGCAGAAAGCAACAGGAGAGCGAGCACCGAGCGGACUGCUGAAUUCACCCAGCGCUCAUCCCCUGACUAGCGGCGCCCAGCAGAAGAGCGAGGAGGAGGAGGACUCACUGCAGCAGGCAGACACACAGGUAAGACGAGAUGAUGGAGGCAGGCUCGGUGGUUCGUGCUCUAUUCGAGUUCCUGCCCAGCGUUUCAGAGGAGCUUCCCCUUUUUGCUGGUGAUGUGGUUGAAGUUCUUAGUGUGGUGGAUGAGUUUUGGCUGCUUGGAAUCAAAGAUGGAGUCACAGGCCAGUUUCCCAGCACUUUUGUGGAAUCCAUCACUGUCCCCCCGACCAAGCCAGGAGAGCAGCUUUAUGUGUGCAUCAAUGAUUUCAGCUCUGUGGAGCCAGGCAACCUUCCCCUCAAAAGAGGUGAUGUGGUGGCUGGAGAGGCCAGAGUGGAUGCGGUUUGGCAGCGUGGUCGGAACGCCUGGGGUUCCUGGGGACUCUUCCCUGUCUCCUGUGUUAAGCAGCUGGAACUGUCCGGGCGGUCCAGGCAGCUGAGCGAGCGCAGUGCUGCUGCACAGGCAUCUGAACUGCCCCCUCAUGCCUUGGGCCAGGCCCAUGCCCUCAUGGGCCUUCACGCUCAGCUGGAUGAGGAACUGGACUUCCGGGAAGGUGAUGUCAUCACCAUAGUGGGUAUACCUGAGCCAGGCUGGUUCCAGGGGGAGCUGGAGGGCAGAACGGGGGUCUUCCCUGAGGGCUUUGUGGAGCUCCUCACACCUCUGCGUUCGAUUCAGCAGGAACCGGAGCUUCAGGGCACGGGACAGUAUCUCCAAAGCCGAAUGGAGGAAGAGAAGGAGGAAGAAGAUGAAGAUGAAGAUGAAGGGGAAGAGGCUGCAGCAGCAGUAUUAGAAGGCAGUGUGGAAAUGGAGGCACUGCAGCAGCACCAGGAAGUUCAAGAACAAGAAGAGGAAGAAGAAGAUGAGGAGACUGGAGGUGUUUAUGGAGUUGCCCUGUAUGAGUUCAGAGCGUUGGAGCCUGGAGAACUGGACUUUAAUGUCGGGGACAAGAUCCAAAUCCUUGGAACCUUGGAAGAUGGCUGGCUGGAGGGUGAGCUGCGGGGUCAAAUAGGCAUUUUUCCCCAUCGGUUUGUUAAAGUGAAUGAACCACUACAGACUGUGCCUCAAGAACAACCUAUGGACAUAGAAACUAGCACCCCUGAUAAAGUGGAAGGGGAUAGUUACCUUUCUGAUUGCAGCUCUGGCCAACAAGACCACACUGUACUGGAGAAUGAGCAGACUUGUGAAACCCACGAGGAUCACACUGUUUGGGAUCUGGACUAUUUUGAACAAAGGGAGGAAAGCAAAGAGACACUUAUGAGGGAAACGCAGCCUAAAAACAAUGCUCAAGACAGAGCAGUAGCUCAAAGGCAGCCUCAGACUCAACCAAAAAGGAGGGAAAGGCCUCCACCACCACUAAUCCAGCCCAAUCAGUCAGGGAACUCGGCACACAAGGCCGUUCAGAGGACUAACUCGGGUAGCCCCACACCGCCUAGACCCCAGCUGCCUCCCAGACCCAGCCUUCACGCACUCAACAACAGGCAACAGAGCAUGGGCGCUCGCAGUAGCCCACACGAACCUCCUCCAGUUCCCACUACCAGGAGUCAGAGCCUGCACCCACCUGGUAGAUCCUCGCCAAGCCUUCAGACUAACUUAUCUUGGUCCAGAAACAAAGGCCACUAUGCCUCCCACGACAGCAGGAACCCAUUCUCCAGCAGAAUCUCCUCCAACCAGCUGGGUAAAAAAAGGGAAAAGAAGUUAACACGCCAUGCCAGUGUCAAUGACUCUGACCUUAGUUCUUGUGGCGGCCUUACCGAGAAGCAGGCGUGGCCUAAGGGGCGGGCAACCAAUGGCUUGUCAGCCUCACAUACUCUGGACUCAUUAGCCACGUGUGUGGGCGACCUGGAAUCCAAGCUGUCCCAGCAACUGUUGGAGUUUGAGAAGAGUCUUCCAGGUCGAGGAGGUGCAGCAAGUGAGGAGCAGGACAGGAGGGAGGAGCUAAACAAUGGCUGGGGCAACAACAAGUUACAAGUGUCCCGCCACUUCUCAAUCCUUGACUACAGUAAUGAGAACGACAUCAUCAGAGGCUCAUCUUUGCACCCCUCACUGGGCCGGGCCUUAUCACACGCUUCCGUUCAUUCAGGCUCCACCUCCUCUUUAGAGAGACAGAAGACACUCCGCCCACCCCCGCCGCGUCCCAGAAUUCUGAGACCACCAGUGCCCCCUAGCUCCCACGCUCAUGCUCCUCUUACAAAUGGUCGAGCCGCUCCUCAGCCUUAUAGGCCGGCUCGCAGAGCACCCCGCCCACCUCCACCCUGUCCCCGCCCUAAUUCUGAUUUACACCGCACCCCACCAAAGACCUCCGCCCUCCUAUUCCCUGCAGAGGAGGUGGAGGUACUGCUGGAGGAAGAGAUGGUGGCAGAGGAGGUGGAGGAGGCACAGGAUGCUCUAGAAAGGGAGAGAGAGAUGGAGCAAGAAAGGGAGAGAGAGAUGGAGCAGUACAAGCUUCUCCUCAGACUUGAGGAGGUGGAGAGGGAUAUCGAUAUGUACACAAACACGGUCCAGGAGCUGCACGCCAUGCUGGACGAGGAGGACCAGGAGGAUGAAACUGCACGGCAACAGGCCAUGGAGAACCUGGAGUUCUGCACCUACACCCUGGAGACGCUGACCCUGGAACAGCAGCAGUUACGAGAGAUGACUCUGCUGUCAGCCCAGCCUAAAUCUGUAGACUCAGCCCCGGCCUCUGCAGCCUCCACUGAAGACCCUGAACAGAGAAUGCUUGAGAAGCGCUUGAAGGUCAUCGAGGAGCUUUUACAGACCGAGGCAGACUACAUAAAAGACCUGCGGAUGUGCAGAAAGGAGAUAAUUGAACCUCUAAGGAAAAGACAGGUCCAGAAUAUCGACUUCGAUGGUCUCUUUGGCAACAUCGACUCCGUAAUUCAUCUCUCCCAACGGCUCAAUGAGACACUUCAGGACACUGACUCUAUAGGACAAGUGUUCCUGGACUUCAAAUCAGAGCUGGAAGAGGUGUAUAAGGUUUACUGUCAGAAUCAUGAUGAUGCCAUCUCCCUGCUGGAGACCUAUGAGAAAGAUGAGAGCAUUCAGAAGCAUGUGCUGGAAUGCCUGGAGAACCUCAGAGCGAUAUACCGUGGGUGGGGGAAAACAAACUACAUUAAUCUGGGUUCGUUCCUGAUAAAGCCGGUGCAGAGAGUGAUGCGCUAUCCACUUCUGCUUAUGGAGCUCCUGAAUGCCACACCACAGUCCCAUCAUGACAGAAAACAGCUGGAAGAUGCUGUGCUUUCGGUUAAGGAGAUCAACGGCAACAUAAACGAGUACAAGAGGAGAAAGGAUCUUGUGGUGAAGUACCGCAAAGGCGAUGAGGACCGGCUCAUUGACAAGAUUUCCAAACUGAGCAUGCACUCCAUCAUCAAAAAAUCCAACCGAGUGAGCAGCCAUCUCAAACACUUAACUGGAAUUUCACCACAGAUAAAGGAUGAAGCGUUUGAUGAUGCAGAGAAGCGAUUCAGACUCCAGGAGAGAUUGAUCAAAUCCUUCAUAAGAGACAUCUCCCUCUACCUACAACACAUAAGGGAGUCGGCUUCAGUGAAGGUGCUGUCUGCCAUCAGUUUCUGUGACAUCUACACAGAGCGGCAGCAGCAGCUGGACCCCGAACGUUUCCAGAGAGCCCACCGCUGUAUCAGUGAUAAGCAGUUCACUCAAUUUAAGGAGAGGACAGAGACACUGGUCAUCUCUCCCCUGACGCAGCUGCUGUCCAUGUUUGCUGGGCCACACAAACUGAUCCAGAAACGCUUCGACAAGCUCCUCGACUAUGAUAACUGUAAGGAGCGAGCUGAUCGGCUGAAGGACAAGCGCGUGCAGGAGGAGCUGCAGGUGGCGCGGAACAACUACGAGGCCCUGAACGCCCAGCUGCUCGAUGAGCUGCCCAAGUUUCACUACGCUGCCGAGGAGCUUUUCACCAGCUGUGUGCGGGGAUUCGCCCAGGCCCAGAAAGACUUCAUCCGCCUCACACUGGGAGAACUCACUCCUCUGCUACAGCUGUCCGGUUUGGGGGGCACAGAGGGGACCCUGGUGUCACUGUUUCAGGAGGAGCAUGGUCGAGUACUGCAGCUGCUACAAAGCUUCAGCUUCUUCCCUGAGAACCUGCCCACCUCCCGCAAGCCUUUUGAAAAGAAAACCCUAGAGAAACAAACCUCCAAGAAGCAUAUGCAGGGCCCUCCAAAUUAUGUGCUGCAGACAGAUGAUCACCGGGCAGGGCUACUGGCUCGUUACGGCCCUGAGAAACUCUUCCAGGCUGAGAGGAACUUCAAUGCAGCACAGGACCUGGAUGUUUCCAUAUUAGAGGGUGACAUUGUGGGAGUCAUCAAACAGCAGGACCCCAUGGGAAGCCAGAACCGCUGGCUCAUAGACAAUGGUGCCACAAAGGGCUUUGUUUACAGUUCCUUCUUAAAGCCCUAUAAUCCACGCAGAAGCCAAUCAGAUGUCUCCAUCGAGAGCCAGUCCUCCAACGAGUCCGGCUAUGGCGGCUCCUCCCCUGUAUUUUCACGGCAGAACAGCAACAGCACUCUGACAUUUAACCAGGAGACAUCCACCGUCAGCUUCUCCACAGCUGCACCCUCAACCCACACAUCCCCACGCCCCACUCAGGACUCCACCCUCACCCGUAGGAACCCCCACCGAGACACUCCUACAUCUAACUGCCCCCCCACAAGUCAGAGGGAUUCCCUUGACUUAUCCUACAGGAGUUCUUCCAAUCACAGAGAACUGUCUGAGACAGCCUAUCACAAUGCUGCAAAUCACAGGGACUACUCAGAGCCUAUAUACCAAAAUCUAAUGAAUGAUAAAGAUUCCUCUGGAUCCAAUGACACUACUCCACCCAGUCGCAGAGACCUCUCAGACUCUUCAGAGACAGACUCUUGCUCCUCCACUUGGAAAUCUAGACAUGAGCAGUCUCAGAGGUACACAGCCUCUAGUUCUCAGCAGAGAAAGAAUGGGGACUAUUCACUGCAGACGAGGAAGCCUCACUACCCUGCUGAUACAGAGCACAUAGAGCCUGAUCCUGACCCAGAGCUGGAUGGCCAUCAGAUAUAUUACGCUCUGUAUUCAUUCAGUGCAAGAUGCGUAAAUGAACUGAGCAUCUCGGCCAACCAGAAAGUACGAAUUCUGGAGUUUCAGGACAUGAAUGGAAAUCAGGAAUGGUGGCUCGGAGAGGCUGGAGGGAAGAGGGGCUACGUCCCAUCCAACUACAUCCGCAAGUCUGAGUACACCUGAGCACUGAGUAUUCAUGCAAGGAGAUUCAGAGAGCACUCCAGGCACCAGAGCCCACCACUAAAUAAGCUCAGCUGAGGAGGAGACACACUGAAGGAAGGACUUUACUGUGCCUUUACUGAAUGGGAGAUGGAUUGAUGUGGUGAAAGAGAACAGAAUUGUUUUGAAACCGGUCAUUGCUGCUGAUCAGAAGGGAAUGUGAUUCUCCAUGACUGUAUUUAUGACUUUUAGAUUUUUUUGCAUUCUGUUCCAAACUAUAACCCUAAACCUCUUCCUUGUGGCUCUUAUGGAAUGGUUAGGCACUGUGUUAUGGUUUUGGAGAAGGAAAUGAGAUGGACUGUGACAGCAUGGGUUUCUUAAUGACUACUCUAAGUGGUUGAAUGGGAGCAGUACAGUGGUAGCGCUUAAAUGGUAUUCUAAGUGGUUUUACCUGACACUGGCGUGAACAAGUCAUUGGAUGCGGAGAGAAAGAGUGCAUGUUCUGAUGGAGGUUAAAGCAGUGGUUUGAGUGUGGUGUGUUGGAGACAUCUAGCCUUGGUUGUUUGCCAAUCAUAAUGCACCUCGAGACAGACACACCCAUCCUUCACCUGCUCCUUAUUAAUCCAUGUGAACACAGUUAACAAUGAAGUGUUGAUUCUUCACAGCAUUCAGAACAACAAGACUCUACUGAAAAUUAUUUAACUUCCUGAGAAGCUGAAUGGAAUGUGAUGCAUCUUUUAUAAAGUACGAUACUUGUGUUGUCUGCUUUUUUCACUUUUUGAAUGAGUUGUUAUUUUUUGAUACACUCUCCUGUGAAUGACUUUUUAAGAGCUAGAACAAUCUUGGGGUUUGACCAAUACUGAUUGAGAGUUCAACCACUGGUACAACCUAGACCCCAGAAGGCCUUCCUGUGUUUCCCACCUUCAGAUACUGUUUAUAAUUCUCCUUCUAUCAUAUAAUAAUCUCUCAUGCUGUAUAAAACAACAUGUAUUUCUGUUUUCCAGUGUCAAGCAAUCUAUUCCUUUGAAUAAAAAAUGAUGAAACAUUUAAA